AUGUACCAGUUAACAUUAGAAUACAUCCUUGCUCUAUGUGAUCCGAGGGAAACGCAAACCCUGAAUUACAAAGGUUGCCAGGCAUUACUCAACAGUGAAACAAUAGAACACAUAGAGAAACAAACUAAUGCUGUGAUAAUGAUAGAGGGGUCAUCAGCAGUGACCAUCACUGGCACUGCCCUUGGAACGAAAAAGAUACAACAGCCGAUGUCUGUGUCACCAUGGUCACUAAGACUGGACACUUCCCUACAGAAGGCAUUAUCUCAACAAAGCGAUGGCAAUAGUAGUAUGACUAUUGAAGACUACGAUAAUACUUCAGCGUCUGUUAAAAGGGUUAUUUUACAUUGCUUAAAUGACACAGCUACUGAUGAUAUUGACGAUGAUCUAUUGUUUGUAAGUAACUCUCCGACAAAUAGCCAAAAAUCCUCUAAUCAGUUCAAACUGCCUCUAGAUCUGCUGAUGGGAGAUGAGCAGGCUGACAGUGCUAAUGGACAACACAAGAAACAAGGUAGUGACACAGACUUUAAUCAGAUUGAUGGAAGGGUUGGCAACCUCACUCAGCAAUUGACUGGUGCAAAUAUUUCACAUACAGAAGCUAACUGUGCUGCAAAACCUUCAGGUGCUUUACCAAACUCAAAGUUGUCAAAGGAACUUGAAUAUUUAAGAAAAUUUGGAAUGUCAGUUGGUUAUAGUGUAAAUAUUGUUGAAGAAGGUUUAAAAUUUGCUGAUGAAAAUACACAAGUUUCAGACUUUAUAGAAAUAUUAACAAAGCUUUCUGAUAGUAAAUCUGAAGACAGUUCUGACAAAGGCAAUAGAAGUUCCUCUCCAGAUCUGGAAAUAUUGAGUCCGUCUAAGAAUCUAGGGAAUUUUCCUCCUCCCCCACCGAUACCUAGUCCAAGUAAGCUCGCAGAUAUGACAGGUCGGCAAAGUUUGCCACCAGAAUAUAAAAGUAAGUUAAUCAAAGAUUUCACAGAAGAGGCAAAUGAUUUACCAAUUGAAGAACUCAAAAGACGGAAUGAAAAAAGGCAAUCAGUACUUAAAGCAUCAUUUGAUGAUGAAAAUCUUCCCAAGAGAAACACAAAUAUGUCCCCACGAGGGCAAAGUAGAGGGGAGAAGAAUGGACAUCGCUCAAAUAAACAGAAAGGUCAAGGUCGCUCACAAAAGAAAAAGAAUAAACAAAAGGGGAGACAACCAGGUGCUGAGACCCCUACACAAUACAUUGAGAUCGAUGACAGUGAAGAAACUUGUGUUAUGGAACCAUGGAAAGAUGAUAUUGAUGAUGAUUGUAGAAUUGUAGAUAUUUCUCAUAGUAACUCUAUGCCAGUUGUGGUCCAGCCAAAAAGACAGCAGCAACAACAACAUACAAAUUAUAACCGACAAUCAUAUGGAAAUAACUUUCAGCAACCAUAUGGUGCCCUAUCAUCACCUCAGAGGCAGCAGACAUCUACAGGGCAUCACCAACAACUACAGAAAGGGCCAAUAGCAGGCAAGCCUGAUGACCUUAGAUAUAUCGUCAUUGAUGGUAGCAAUGUGGCCAUGACGCAUGGUAAUGGGAAAAUAUUUUCUUGUCGUGGAAUCAAAAUAUGCAUCGACCACUUCCUAAAGAGAGGACAUAAACAGGUGACAGCAUUUGUGCCAGGGUGGAGAAAGUACCGUCCACGUAUGGAAAACCCUAUCAGUGAUCAGCCUCUCCUGGAACAGCUUAGAGAACAGGGAUAUCUUGUCUUCACUCCGUCUCGCAGAGUUAAUGGCAAAUUGAUCAGCGCUUAUGAUGAUAGAUUUGUGCUGGAGCUAGCUGAGAGGGAGGAUGGUGUGGUUGUUUCUAAUGAUCAAUACCGAGACUUAAUGAAGGAGAAGGCAAGCUGGAGAAUCUUAGUGGAGGACAGGUUGCUGAUGUUCACCUUUGCUGGGGACAACUUCAUGAUCCCGGAGGAUCCCCUCGGUCAAGAUGGGCCUACUCUGGACCAGUUACUACACAAACCACACGCUGGAGCACAGAAACGAAUGGCUAAAACAUUAGCAGAUUUGAAAGGAAAAGAUGAGGCAAAGGCCAAACCAUACCCCACAGCCAUAAUCAAAGUGAAGAUUGUGAAGGUUGGCCAUACAGCCUCCUUCACAGGAUCUGGAGGGGAAUCCGGCCCGAUUCUUAACUUCAGUGUUGCAGACCCAGGAGAUGCAGCUUUGGCAUCUCUGAAUGACAGCUCCAAGUUUGACCAAAUAAAAGAAGGGAAAUCAAUCAUCAUCCGGAACUUCAUGGCAAAGAAUGGAAGAAUAAUUCUGACAAAACACACAAAAAUCAUGACUGGCCCUCCUGUUGAGAUUUCGGAGGAAAUGAGUUCCAAAGCUCAUAUCUUGAUCUGUCCUCCUUCGCCUGUAAAAAAGAUUGCUGAUGUGAAGGGAUUGCCAAGGAGAAGUCUAGUGACUGUUAGGGGCCAGAUGAUAAAGCUUGUUGAAGCCCCAGAGAUGGUAAUCCAAGGACAAAUUGAAGGCCUCUCCUUAAUAGGCGAUUAUAUAGAGCUUGUGGUAUCGGAAGACGGCAUCUACAAAGACCUGAAGGUCAACAAAACCCUACUCUUACAGGCUGUCAAAGUAGACCCAGAAACUCUGGAAGUCGAGGAAACCUUGGGGAAAAUGUUGCCCUUGAAAGCUGUGAUGACAGUUAAGAGCGAGUACAUAAACUCUUUUGAGUUGGUUGAAGAAGAACAUGAUGGAAGAAGAACAUGAUGGAAGAAGAACAUGAUGGAAGAGGAGAGUGAUUUUGACAUAAGUUCCAAAACUAAGUUGCCUAGCUAUAUAGGAUACAUGUUUAUUGAUAACACAGAAUUAUAUUUUUUUAUCCUUAUCUUGUCUGGAGUGUGUUUUUGAAUUAUGUUGCCAAAAUGAUUCCUUUGAUAUGUCUCGCUCUGUAUACCAUAUUUACAUAUCUUUUUCGAGUGAAUACUUGAAUAUUAUGUGGCCAAAAUAAUCUAUUAAUUUAUUAAAUGUUAAUACAUCUGGAACAAGUUUGUGCUCCAGUUUUUUAUAGCUGAACUGAUCUAUUCUCAUUGAUAAGAUGUAAAAAUCACAGAUGAUUUUGUACUAAAAUAUGUGACCAAAAUGAUCUAUUCAGUGAUAAAAUGUUAACAUAUCUGGAAUGAGUUUGUACUCCAGUAUGUCAUGGCCAGAAUGAUCGAUACAUUGAUAAAUGUUAGCAUACCUGGACUUAGUUUGUACUCCAGUAUUUCAUGGCCAGAAUAAUCGAUACAUUGAUAAAUGUUAACAUAUCUGGAAUGAGUUCGUACUCCAGUAUGUCAUGGCCAGAAUGAUCGAUACAUUUAUAAAUGUUAAUUUAUAAACAACCAAACAAUAUGCUACAGUUUAAUAAAUGCUAUUUAUUAACUGUAUGUAUGUGGCCUACACAACAUUGUGUAGAAUGUAUUAUCAUAAAACAACUUACAUAUCUAUACAUUAUAAAAGAAAUAAAAACAAGAAAACAUAUACAGACAUGAUCAUCUAUACACAUACAAAGUUUGGCCUUGGGGGCUAUAUCACACUACAUAUAUAUAACUAUGGAAAUCUCACGGAUUACUGACGUUAUCCCACCAGGAGCGAACUGUCACUCCUUGUCCCAGGAUUACUGCCAAUAUUAUCCCACCAGAAGUGAAACGGUCACUCCUGGUCCCAACGGCUGGAUGAGAUUUCCCAUUAUCAAUACGUACCCCAUGAGAGGAUAUUUCUGACAAUCCUGGAUCCAGAUAUACUGAGUACCUCAUAUACCUGGAUCCCAUGAGAGGAUAUCGGAUCAUGAAAUUCCUGGGUCCGCAUGAUAUCUAUUGUUCUGUAUAUAGAUCCCAUGAGAGGAUGUUUCCUGAAUCCUGGAUUGGACCAUAAGCCCCGUUAGCCCAUGUAGUACCAAUCACGUGAAACCAUAACCGUGUUGAUAUUUGUGUGUAAAACGUUUCUAAAUAACCAGCAGAGCAUUAAUUACUCAACUCUCCUGGCAGCAAUGCUAACUUAGGAAGCCACUUCAUCAGUCACUAAUUGUCCUGUUACCUGUAAGUUGCUGUAACAAUGGGCAGUAAUUACAAGAGAGUGACCGAUCGCCAUCGGCAGAGGUGUUUGUUUACUCAACCCCACCGGUUACAGCUGAGCUUAGCCAUUCAACCAUAGCCUAGACAACAAGAAUGGUCAGGGGGUAAUUAAAUCAUUAUCAAGACCAACAAAAG